AUGAGGCCUGCAAACAACUUCACCACAACCGUUGAUUCCGGGUUCGGGAACUGGAACUCUCCCAUUCCUUAUCUCUUUGGCGGCCUAGCACUCAUGUUGGGACUCAUUGCGAUGGCCUUGGUGAUCCUAGCUUGCUCUUAUCGUAAAUAUUCUUUGUCCGACUCAUCCCGCCCUAGAGAUGCUGAAGAAAAAAUAUCUGCAGCACAGCCAGUGAACAUGCCUGUGGAUUCCGAGCCAAAGAUUGUUGUCAUCAUGGCUGGAGAUGACAACCCUACGUACUUGGCCAAACCCGUCUCUUCGACAUCCCAUGGCGCUGAUCAUGAACAAGUCUAA